AUGAUUCGCAAGCCAGACUGCACAUCUCUACAGCUCAAUUCGUUUAAUAGUUAUGUAUCAUCGACUUCCAAAUUUAGUUCAGCAGAGAGGACUCAAAGACCUCUGACCGUGACAAUUUUUGGAAAAAACUGCUUUAGAAAGCUUCAGAGAAAAGUGUCUUGGACCGCUUCAGUCGGAACACGUGUGCUUCGAUUGAAAGACUUCAUUCACGAAGAAGAUCCUGCGUCGCUAAGGCUUAGAGAUACACCAUGGAGAAAGUAUUUCAGAUUCGACGCCAAAUCCGAUUAUUUGGUGCUUCGAAAAUCGUUACCUAGACUUCAAGAAAACACUCUGGUAGUGGAGUUGGUAUUUCCGGUUGGUUCUAAGAAUGCGAGUGGAAAUAAACAAGUUAUUGUAGCGCGACUUGAGUUGUUUAUCGAUAAAAACGCAAACAAUUUUGCCAAGAAGGUACGCCGAUUUCGUCGUCGACCACAGAAAACAGCUCCCCGUUUCUCCAGCUCUCAGUUAAUUGCUAAGGUUAGAGAAAAUCGUCCCGUAGGAACAAGCGUUAUUAUGAUUCAAGCACAAGAUACGAACAAUGGGUACACUGGGAAAAUUAAAUACUCGAUGGAAGCGUCCCAGAAUUUACUCAGUCUGUUGUUCUUUGGGAUCGAUCCUAACACGGGAUUAAUAAAAACUUCAGCUUCUUUAGAUCGUGAAAAGAUGCCGACGCACUAUUUUCGUAUCAAAGCCGAAUACGAACAAGAUAGAUCGUUGUAUGCUGAAGCAGAUCUGACCAUAUAUGUCGAUGAUUUAAACGACAACGCGCCGAACUUCGAAUCAUCCUCCUACAGAAAAGUCAUACCAGAGGAUAUUUAUAUCGGAGAGACGGUCCUUGAUGUGCGGGCACGCGAUUUAGAUACAGGUUCCAAUGCAGAUAUCCCUUACAACAUCAUUAAUAAUAGUGGUGUUAACAGUGCAUUUGCAAUUGGUCAGAGUAGUGGUUCAAUAACUAUAGACAAACAUCUGGAUCGAGAAACUGUACAGCAAUACUCCCUUACUGUCCAGGCAAGUGAUAGUGCAUCCCCUCCUAAGACAGGCCAGGCUACUGUGCGAAUUACUGUUACUGAUGUCAAGAGAGAAUACUCCAAAAAGAUUCCUGAAAACAUCAAAACAGGGGAGCUAGUUUUGACUGUAAGUGCAUCAGAUGAGGACUUUGGCACCAAUAGUGAAGUCACCUACAGUUUUAGCAGUGGUAAUGACCAGGAACUUUUUUCUAUCAAUCAUCUUAAUGGUCAGAUCAAAGUAAACAAGAAACUUGAUUAUGAGUACAUUCCAGUGCAUACACUUUUUUACAGUCACUUGGAAAGCUCUGCAGGUGUGCGCAUUAAUGUAACUGAUUCUAACACUCACAAGCCCAUUUUCCGACAACGUAUUUACCGACAAAGGAUUAGCGAGGCUACCGCAGUUGAUGGAAGGGUUCUUAUUGUCAAGGCAACUGAUGGUGACCAAGGAUUGAAUGCUAAACUGACCUAUGCAAUUGAACAAUCUCUGCGAGACUUUAAAAUCAAUUCUAAAACUGGUGAGAUCACUGUGUUGCACCCUUUAGAUUGCAAAACAACUUCACAGUACAGGUUUGAAGUGAGUGCAACUGAUCAUGGUAAUCUGCCGUUUAAAGGAACUGCUAAUGUACAUAUAACAGUAACAGAUGUAAAUGACAACACACCAAGAUUUUUACAGUCCAACUAUGAAAAAUCCAUUCUGGAAAAUGUACAGCCUGGAACACGCGUUUUGGAAGUCUCUGCAGUUGAUGAUGAUGUGGGUUCAAAUAAAGCCAUUAUCUACUCAUUUGCAAAAAAUGGUAAAUACAUCUAA